AUUCGUCUCUCCUCUCUCUCUCUCUCUCACUCUUUCGAUGGCGAUUUUCUUCUUCGCUAUCUUUUCCAGUUCUUGGAGUUUCUUGCGAAUCUGUUCCUCAUUUAUUAGUUUCUGUUUCUCCCUUCUGAUUUCUACGUUUACCCACCCAGUGAACCCAAUGCCAGAAACCCUAGUUUUUCUACAUUUACAUGUUUCUUGUUGAUUCCACGCGUGGAACGUUCGGUUUUGUAGAAAAGGCUGCAUCUUUCCUGUUUUUCUUUGACGCUCUGUAACAUUUUCCGGUCUAUGUUUUUUCUUUGAUUGCUAGUCAUGGUUUAGUGUAGCCUCUGAAUUUUCUUUUCUUGGUUUUUUGGAUUUUUCUAUUGGCUUCAGAUGGGUUCGGUGUUUCAAUCGGCGUUGAUUCGAUUGACAUCACACAGAUCUUAACUUUUCACUUCAGGGACAGCGAGGAAUCCGCCAUCAAUGAGGAGAAGUUGCUGAUCACGGCGGAACUCCUCCGUCUCUUCUUGUCUCUGCCUUGUCACAGUGAGAAAUCUGCCUGGUUUCUCAGGUAACCUCGCUCUAUCACGCAUCAAAUUCUGCAAAGCUUGAAUAUCUUGUAAGUUUCGCGAAUAUAGACAUUGUACGGUAUAUUUUGACUAACUGCGUGAAGAAUUGGAGUGUUCGUCACAUCUCUGUGUCAAUCGUUGAUUAAUUAUUUCUCUUUUGCAAUUUGAGUUUCUGGUAAUAUUCAGCAGUAAUGGGGGUCUAGGCUUUCCUUAGAGACAUACAUCGGUUCAUGAGUUCCUCUCGUACAUUGAGAAAGUAGACAUUUGACUGGAACGAAACAGGCAAAGGAAGAAGGUAAGGGGUGCUUCUCUUUGUUUCUUGAUCUCCUACAAUUCAAGAAACUCUACCAUAUUGAUAACUAUUUUGUGAAUCUGGAGCACAAUCCGAGAGUGGUUAUCCCAUGCAUGAGUGCUGCAGUCCACAAGGUGACCCGGGACCUGAAAGCAGUUGCAAGUAGCGGCAUCCAUUUCUCCUCGAGUAAUUUCAUUUGAGUUGAUCUUGAAGUUGUAUCUGGUCCGAUUCCUACAUAUGUCAAUUGAAAGUCUCUGCUUAAGGUUUGGUUAGUUAGAGUGUAGAUGUCGGUAUGAUUUUUUUAAAGCGGAUAUCUGAAUUUUUAGGUGAUUGAGAAGUUUCCGCAUGUCAAGCAUUACAGACAGUUCAAAGUUGCUUUGGAUUUGGAUGUCAGAGAUCUUGUCAAAAUCCAGUCCAGUUAGAUGUUUCUUACAUUGACAGUUAUAAUCUUUAACUGUGUUUCAUUCCGUAGUACUCUUCUUCUCCUCUACUGUUGUUUCCCACUUUUUGGUAUCCUGGCAGCAACUAGGUGCACAUUAUACAGAAGAAGCUAUCUCUCUUCGCCUUUGGGCCCCUACUGCUCAAGUACUAUAUUGUUGGUUAAAAUUGUUUGGUAUAUAUGAGCUUCUUGUGAGGGAUUUCAGGUAAUUCCACUAUAUUUGUGCUUAUAGUUUUCUUGGUUAGUCAUAAAUCUGCAAAAACUAUAUGCAUCUCUCUCUCUUUUCCUUUGAUGCCCAGAGCAUGGAUUUCUUAAUGAGAACACAACAAAGACCUUACUUUUAUCCCCUGUAAUUAGCUCAGUUUCUCUCUGUGCUUGUGUAAUUUCUCGCUUGUCUGAUUGUUUCUUGUUAUUUCAGUGCCGAUGAUCAUUUUGUAGAUCCUGAAGUUAACGGUGGUACAAAUGUCAAUAUUCUUGUGUACUAGUUCUGUAAUGAGUUAGCAUGUGACGAAUGGAGUUUGUAUGUUGUUCCAACUGGUCAAAGGCGACAUUCAUGUUAUAUUUGUUGGUUAAAUUUAGAGAAUGCUACAUUUAAUAGCAUAAACUCAUUCAAGAAUGCAAUGUCCACUAUAAUGAACUGUUUCUUUGUUUUUUUUUCCUUUUUUUCCGUUGAAAUUGAGCUAUUCUUUUUGUGUUGCUGCUUUUGCCAGGUGACCCUGAAAUGGAAAAAAAGCAAGCUGUUGCAAGCAGCGGCAUCCAUUUCCCCUCGAGGAAUUUAUGUUUAUGCAAGAAAUCAAGCAUAGAAUACAAAACAAGCUUCACCUGAAUGUUGGCUCUGAAGAUCCAAUUGCGACAGAAACGAUGCUAGAAAGAAUCACCAAGAACCAGGAGAAUAUAUAGUGGAGACUUUGCAGAGCAGUUCAAAAUGUUCCAUAAUCAGCUUAAGGAUUUCUUCAAUGCUGGAAGGUAUGUGCCAUUAGUUUCUUCGAAAUCAUAUAUAUUUUUCAUCUGGAGUUGUGUUGUGUGAUUGUCCCAUGUAUUAAAUGCUUCCCUCUGUAUCAUGUUGCUGGCUCACGGAGCAACUUGAUUACAAUCGAGCAUCUAUGGAUGAGAGAGGUUUUUCUGAUCUUAAUCUGUUUUCAGAAUGCAAACGGGUUCACCAUCUUAGUUGCAAUCAUAUAUAAUUGGCUUUGCUGGUAUGUUCUCUAGUAUAACAUCCAGGUACAAUUAUUUGUCGGUAUAAAGAUGACAUGCAAAACCAAUAUAACAUGAUUUUGGAGUCUUUGGACACACUCAGGAUUUUGGGAGAUAAGAUUCCAGAAAACAAAUAUCAACCCAUGAUUUUUUUUUAUUAAUUCAGUGCAUUUAUGCAGAGGUCUGUAAUUAUAAAGUUUUUUAAUCUGGCUGAUAAUGAAAUACGUAUUUUCACUUGACUCUGUUGGGAGACUCGGCUGAUGUUUUGGAGUUGAUCAAAACAAUGCAUUCCCUGAAUUAUCCGAGAGAAGAAAUUGUGAAGGGCCUUGGAAGUGGCUUGCGAAAUGGUGCUCCGGAUGCUGCCAUUGCAAUGCGACGGAAGUGGCACAUCUGUGAGAUUGGUCUGGAGGACUACCUUUCUGUUCGUUUGGGUUUGGAUGUUAGAGAUCUUGUCAAAAGCCAGUUAGCCAUUUCUUGCUUUGACACCGAAGGAUGGCUAAUCGAGGGAACCGGGUUGCAACUACCUGGUGUCUUGGACAAAUUAAUCUCCUAUGACGGUCCUCUAGGUGCACAUUAUACAGAAGAAGCUAUCUCACUUCACCUUUGGGUUCGUACUGCUCAAGUUAUGUUCUUUGUUAAAAUUCUUUGGUAUAUAUGAGCUUCAUGGGAGGGAUUUCAGGUGACCCUAGACUGGGAAAAAGCCAGCUGUUGCAAGCAGUGGCGGCGUCCAUUCCCCCUCGGCGUCCAUGGGAGGGAUUUUUGUUGGUAAAUUUUAGAGAAUGCUACACUUAAUAGCAUAAUCUCACUCGAGAAUGCAAUGUCCAUUUCCCCUUGAGGAAUUUAUGUUUGUGGUAAUGAGGUGACCAUGGACCUGAGAGCUGUUGAGGAAUGUUAUUUCAGUUGACCUUGAAGCUAUAUCUGAUCCGCUUUCUACAUAUGUCAAUUGUGAAGUCUCUGCUUAAGGUUUGGUUUGGUUCAUAAGAGUGUAGAUGUCGGCGUGAUUUUUUUAAAGCCGAAAAUCUGAAUGUUUAGGUGAUUGAGAAGUUUCCUCAUAUCAAUUGUGAAGUCUCGCAAGUUUAUGACAAUGGUUGGUGUUGUCCCGGUGGAUGAUUGUUGUUGAACUACUGAAUGGUAAAAUUGAAGUACUUGAAACGAAGGAUGCUUCCGGGUGAAACCCUAUGGAAACCUGGUCUGUUCUAUCGGGAAGGAUAUGGUGGCUAAACAGAUCUUGGAAUAGGAACGCUAUCUGUUAAUUGUCGCGAAAAAUAAUGCAAAAUAUGCAUUCUCAAAUGAGAUGGUCUGUUUUGUAUUGGGAAUAAUGGCUAAACAGACCAUCGAAUAGAACGCUAUGUGUGACAUGUCCCGAAACAUAAUGAAAAAUCUGUAUUAUCAAAUAAGUUGCAAGUACAAGGUCUAUUCUAUUGAAAUAAUGGCUAAAUAGACCCUGGAAUGGGAACGCUAUCUGUUACAUGGCCCAACAUAAUGAAAAACCUGUAAUAUCAAAUGAGAUGCAAAUACAUGGUCUGUUCUAUCGGGAAUGAUAUGAUGGCUAAAUAGACCUUGGAAUGGGAACACUAUCUGUUAAAUGUCCCGAAACAUAAAGCAAUGGUCUGUUUUCUAUUGGGAAUAACGACUAAACAGACCCUCGAAUGGGAACGCUAUCUGUUACAUGUCCCGAAACACAAUGAAAAAUAAGUAUUAUCAAAUGAGUUGCAAUUACAUGGUCUAUUCUUUUGAAAUAAUGGCUAAAUAGACCCUGGAAUGGGAACACUAUCUGAUACAUGUCCGAAACAUAAUGAAAAACCUGUAAUCUCAAAUGAGAUGCAAAUACAGGGUCUGUUCUAACGGGAAUAAUAUGAUGUCUAAACAGACCUUGGAAUGAGAACGCUAUCUGUUAAAUUUUCCGAAACAUAAUGCAAAAGUAUGCAUUCUCAAAUGAGAUGGUCUGUUUUCUGUUGGGAAUAACGGCUAAACAGACCCUCGAAUGGGAACUCUAUCUGUGACAUGUCCCGAAACAUUAUGAAAAACAUGUAUUAUCAAAUGAGUUGCUAAGUACAGGGUCCGUUCUAUUGAUAUAAUGGCUAAAUAAACUCUGGUAUGGAAACACUAUCUGUUAUAUGUCCCAAAACAUAAUAAAAAACAUGUAAUCUCAAAUGAGAUGCAAUCUAUCGGGAAGGAUAUGAUGGCUAAACAGAUCUUGGAAUAGGAACGCUAUCUAUUAAUUGUCGCGAAAAAUAAUGCAAAAGUGUGCAUUCUCAAAUGAGAUGGUCUGUUUUCUAUUGGGAAUAACGGCUAAACAGACCAUCGAAUGGAACGCUAUCUGUGAUUGUCCCGAAACACAGUGAAAAAUAAGUAUUAUCAAAUGAGUUGCAAUUACAGGGUCUAUUCUAUUGAAAUAAUGGCUAAAUAGACCCUGGAAUGGGAAUGCUAUCUGUUACAUGUCAUGAAACAUAAUGAAAAACGUGUAAUCUCAAAUGAGAUACAAAUACAGGGUGUGUUCUAACAGGAAUAAUAUGAUGUCUAAACAGAUCUUGAAUGGGAACGCUAUCUGCUAAAUGUUCCGAAACAUAAUGCAAAAGUAUGCAUUUUCAAAUGAGAUGGUAUGUUUUCUAUUAGGAAUAACGGCUAAACAUACCCUCGAAUGGGAUUGCUAUUUAUGACAUAUCCCGAAACAUAAUGGAAAACAUAUAUUGUCAAAUGAGUUGCAAGUACAAGGUCUGUUUUAUUGAUAUAAUGACUAAAUAGACUCUGGAAUGGGAACGCUAUCUGUUACAUGUCCCGAAACAUAAUGAAAAACCUGUAAUAUCAAAUGAGAUGCAAAUACAGGGUCUGUUCUAUCAGGAAGGAUAUGAUGGCUAAAUAGACCUUGGAAUAGGAAUGCUAUAUGUUAAAUGUCGCGAAACAUAAUCCAAAAAUAUGCCUUGUCAAAUGAGAUGGUCUGUUUUCUAUUGGAAAUAAUGGCUAAACAGCCCAUCGAAUGGAACACUAUUUGUGUCUGUCCCGAAACACAAUGAAAAUUCAGUAUUAUCAAAUGAGUUGCAAGUACAUGGUCUAUUCUAUUGAAAUAAUGGCUAAAUAGACCCUGGAAUGAGAAUACUAUCUGUUAAAUGUCCCGAAACAUAAUGAAAAACCUGUAAUCUCAAAUGAGAUUAAAAUACAGGGUGUGUUCUAACAGGAAUAAUAUGAUGUCUAAACAGACCUUGAAUGGGAACUCUAUCUGUUAAAUGUCCCGAAACAUAAUGCAAAAGUAUGCAUUCUCAAAUGAGAUGGUAUGUUUUCUGUUGGGAAUAACGGCUACACAGACCCUCGAAUGGGAACUCUAUCUGUGACAUGUUCCGAAACAUAAUGAAAAACAUGUAUUAUCAAAUAAGUUGCAAGUACAUGGUCCGUUCUAUUGAUAUAAUGGCUAAAUAGACCGUGGAAAGGGAACGCUAUCUGUUACAUGUCGCGAAACAUAAUAAAAAACAUGUAAUAUCAAAUGAGAUGCAAAUACAGGGUCUGUUCUAUCGGGAAGGAUAUGGUGGCUAAACAGAUCUUGGAAUAGGAACGCUAUCUGUUAAUUGUCGCGAAAAAUAAUGCAAAAUAUGCAUUCUCAAAUGAGAUGGUCAGUUUUCUAUUGAGAAUAAUGGCUAAUUAGACCAUCGAAUGAAACGCUAUAUGUGGCAUGUCCCGAAACAUAAUAAAAAAUCUGUAUUAUCAAAUAAGUUGCAAGUACAACAAGGUCUAUUCUAUUGAAAUAAUGGCUAAAUAGACCCUGGAAUGAGAACGCUAUCUGUUACAUGGCUCGAAACAUAAUGAAAAACCUGUAAUAUCAAAUGAGAUGCAAAUACAUGGUCUGUUCUAUCGGGAAUGAUAUGAUGGCUAAAUAGACCUUGGAAUGGGAACUCUACCUGUUAAAUGUCCCGAAACAUAAUGCAAUGGUCUGUUUUCUAUUGGGAAUAACGACUAAAUAGACCCUCGAAUGAGAACGCUAUCUGUUACAUAUCCCGAAACAUAAUGAAAAGCUUGUAUUAUCAAAUGAGUUGCAAAUAUAGGGUCUGUUCUAUUGAUAUAAUGGCUAAAUAGACACUGGAAUGGGAACGAUAUCUGUUACAUGUCUCGAAACAUAAUGAAAAACCUGUAAUCUCAAAUGAGAUGCAAAUACAGGGUAUGUUCUAACGGAAAUGAUAUGAUGUCUAAACAGACAUUGGAAUGGGAACACUAUCUGUUAAAUGUCCUGAAACAUAAUGCAAAAGUAUGCAUUCUCAAAUGAGAUGGUAUGUUUUCUGUUGGGAAUAACAGCUAAACAGACCAUCGAAUGGGAACUCUAUCUGUGACAUGUCCUAAAACAUAAUGAAAAACUUGUAUUAUCAAAUGAGUGCAAAUAUAUGGUCUGUUCUAUUGAUAUAAUGGCUAAAUAGACACUGGAAUGGGAACGAUAUCUGUUACAUGUCCCGAAACAUAAUGAAAAACCUGUAAUCCCAAAUGAGAUGCAAAUACAGGGUCUGUUCUAACGGGAAUGAUAUGAUGUCUAAACAGACCUUGGAAUGGGAACGCUAUCUGUUAAAUGUCCCGAAAUAUAAUGCAAAAGUAUGCAUUCUCAAAUGAGAUGGUCUGUUUUCUGUUGGGAAUAACGACAAAACAGACCAUCGAAUGGGAACUCUAUCUGUGACAUGUCCUGAAACAUAUUGAAAAACCUGUAUUAUCAAAUGAGUUGCAAGUACAGGGUCCGUUCUAUUGAUAUAAUGGCUAAAUAGACCGUGGAAUGGGAACGCUAUCUGUUACAUGUCGCGAAACAUAAUAAAAAACCUGUAAUCUUAAAUGAGAUGCAAAUACAGGGUCUGUUCUAUCGGGAAGGAUAUGAUGGCUAAACAGAUCUUGGAAUAGGAACGCUAUCUGUUAAUUGUCGCGAAAAUUAAUGCAAAAGUAUGCAUUCUCAAAUGAGAUGGUCUGUUUUCUAUUGGGAAUAACGGCUAAACAGACCAUCAAAUGGAACGCUAUCUGUGACUGUCCCGAAACACAAUGAAAAAUAAGUAUUAUCAAAUGAGUUGCAAUUACAGGGUCUAUUCUAUUGAAAUAAUGGCUAAAUAGACCCUGGAAUGGGAAUGCUAUCUGUUACAUGUCAUGAAACAUAAUGAAAAACGUGUAAUCUCAAAUGAGAUACAAAUACAGGGUGUGUUCUAACAGGAAUAAUAUGAUGUCUAAACAGAUCUUGAAUGGGAACGCUAUCUGUUAAAUGUCUCGAAACAUAAUGCAAAAGAAUGCAUUCUCAAAUGAGAUUGUCUGUUUUCUAUUGGGAAUAAUAGCUAAACAGACUCUCGAAUGGGAACUCUAUCUGUGACAUAUCCUGAAACAUAAUGAAAAACCUGUAUUAUCAAAUGAGUUGCAAGUACAAGGUCUGUUCUAUUGAUAUAAUGGCUAAAUAGACCGUGGAAUGGGAACGCUAUCUGUUACAUGUCGCGAAACAUAAUGAAAAACCUGUAAUCUCAAAUGAGAUGCAAAUACAUGGUCUGUUCUAUCGGGAAGGAUAUGGUGGCUAAACAGAUCUUGGAAUAGGAACGCUAUCUGUUAAUUGUCGCGAAAAAUAAUGCAAAAUAUGCAUUCUCAAAUGAGAUGGUCUGUUUUCUAUUGGGAAUAAUGGCUAAACAGAACAUCGAAUGGAACGCUAUAUGUGACAUGUCCCGAAACAUAAUGAAAAAUCUGUAUUAUCAAAUAAGUUGCAAGUAUAAGGUCUAAUCUAUUGAAAUAAUGGCUAAAUAGACGCUAGAAUAGGAACGCUAUCUGUUACAUGGUCCGAAACAUAAUGAAAAACCUGUAAUAUCAAAUGAGAUGCAAAUACAUGGUUUGUUCUAUCGGGAAUGAUAUGAUGGCUAAACAGACCUUGGAAUGGGAACGCUAUCUGUUAAAUGUCCCAAAACAUAAUGCAAUGGUCUGUUUUCUAUUGGGAAUAACAACUAAACAGACCGUCGAAUAGGAACGCUAUCUGUUACAUGUCCCGAAACAUAAUGAAAAACAUGUAUUAUCAAAUGAGUUGCAAAUACAUGGUCUGUUCUAUUGAUAUAAUGGCUAAAUAGACACGGGAAUGGGAACGCUAUGUGUUACAUGUCCCGAAACAUAAUGAAAAACCUGUAAUCUCAAAUGCAAAUACAUGGUAUGUUCUAACGGGAAUGAUAUGAUGUCUAAACAGACAUUGGAAUGGAGAACGUUAUCUGUUAAAUAUCCCGAAACAUAAUGUAAAAGUAUGCAUUCUCAAAUGAGAUGGUCUGUUUUCUGUUGGGAAUAACGGCUAAACAGACCCUCGAAUGGGAACUCUAUCUGUGACAUGUCACGAAGCAUAAUGAAAAACCUGUAUUAUCAAAUGAGUUGCAAGUACAGAGUCUGUUCUAUUGAUAUAACGGCUAAAUAAACCCGGGAAUGAGAACACUAUCUGUUACAUGUCCCAAAACAUAAUAAAAAACCUAUAAUCUCAAAUGAGAUGCAAAUACAGGGUCUGUUCUAUCGGGAAGGAUACGAUGGCUAAACAGAUCUUGGAAUAGGAACGCUAUCUGUUAAUUGUCGCGAAAAAUAAUGCAAAAGUAUGCAUUCUCAAAUGAGAUGGUCUGUUUUCUAUUUGGAAUAACGGCUAAACAGACCAUCGAAUGGAACGCUAUCUGUGGCUGUCCCGAAACACAAUGAAAAAUUUGUAUUAUCAAAUGAGUUGCAAGUACAUGGUCUCUUCUAUUGAUAUAAUGGCUAAAUAGACCGUGGAAUGAGAACGCUAUCUGUUACAUGUCGCGAAACAUAAUGAAAAACCUGUAAUCUCAAAUGAGAUGCAAAUACAGGGUCUGUUCUAUCGGGAAGGAUAUGGUGGCUAAACAGAUCUUGGAAUAGGAACGUUAUCUGUUAAUUGUCGGGAAAAAUAAUGCAAAAUAUGCAUUCUCAAAUGAGAUGGUCUGUUUUCUAUUGGGAAUAAUGGCUAAACAGACCAUCGAAUGGAACGCUAUCUGUGACAUGUCCCGAAACAUAAUGAAAAAUCUGUAUUAUCAAAUGAGUUGUAAGUACAGGGUCUAUUCUAUUGAAAUAAUGGCUAAAUAGACUCUGAAAUAGGAACGCUAUCUGUUACAUGGCCCGAAACAUAAUGAAAAACCUGUAAUAUCAUGAGAUGCAAAUACAGGGUCUGUUCUAUCGAGAAUGAUGUGAUGGUUAAACAGGCCUUGGAAUGGGAACGCUAUCUGUUAAAUGUCCCGAAACAUAAUGCAAUGGUCUGUUUUCUAUUGGGAAUAACGGCUUAACAGACUCUCGAAUAGGAACGCUAUCUGUGACAUGUUCCGAAACAUAAUGAAAAACCUGUAUUAUCAAAUGAGUUGCAAAUACAGGGUCUGUUCUAUUGAUAUAAUGGCUAAAUAGACACUGGAAUGAGAACGUUAUCUGUUACAUGUCCCGAAACAUAAUGAAAAACCUGUAAUUUGUGGUUCUCAAGUAAGUGAUCCUUGGCCUUUCUCUCUUAUCAUUUUAGAUUAAUGCUUAUACAUGUUAUGAAAUAGUUUAGUUUUUUGAGUGUAUGGGAUCAUAUAACGGUGUAUAUAUAGGAAGACAUAGCAAAUGUGGUCUCCACGGUACUCUUCGUGUGGCAUCAAGACUUUAUUGCAUACUUCAUUUGGGUCGAGGCUACCUCUGAUACAGGGUCCUUCCUUUGUUUUCCUGGCUCCCGCUUUGGCAAUUGUAAACUCUCCGGAAUUCCAAGGACUUACUGGAAAUAACUUCAAGCAUAUUAUGAGGGAACUUCAAGGUGCUAUCAUAUUUGGUUCAGCUUUUCAAGCAAUUCUUGGAUAUAGUGGCCUGAUGUCACUGUUUUUGAAGUUGCUCAAUCCAGUAGUUAUUGCCCCAACGGUAGCUGCGGUUGGACUUUCCUUUUUCAGCUACGGUUUCCUGCUUGUUGGUAAAUGUAUUGAGAUUGGAGCUAUGCAGAUACUGCUGGUGGUUAUUUUUGCUCUUUACCUCUGGAAGAUCUCGGUUUUGGGUCAUCGAGUUUUCCUUAUUUAUGCGGUUCCGUUGGGGCUGGCAAUCACAUGGGCAGCCGCAUUUCUUUUGACAGCAGCUGGAGAGUACAGUUACAAGAGCUGUGAUCCGAACAUUCCGGCCUCGAACAUAGUGUCGAAUCCCUGCAGAAAACAUGUGUCUAGAAUGAAAUACUGCCGGGUUGAUACUUCUCAUGCAUUGAGAUCCGCCCCCUGGUUUAGGUUUCCCUACCCCUUACAAUGGGGUACCCCAGUUUUCAACUGGAAAAUGGCUCUUGUUAUGUGCUUGAUUUCCAUAAUUGCUUCUGUAGACUCGGUUGGUUCAUAUCAUGUUUCUUCUCUGCUAGUAGCAUCCAGGCCUCCAACUCCCAGUGUUGUGAGCCGAGUAAUCGGUCUCGAAGGUCUGACAAUUUUCUUAGCCGCUUGGGGUACAGGUACGGGUUCGACCUCCGUUACUGAAAAUGUGCAUACAAUUGCGGUGACCAAAAUGGGGAGCAGAAGAGCCUGGAGUUGGGUGCAUGUGUUUAGCUAUCUAGUUGUCAGCUCAGGUAAAGUUGGAGUCUUUAUUGCAUCGAUUCCUCAAGUCAUGGUUGCUUCCCUUCUUUGCUUUAUGUGGGCAAUGCUUACGGCUUUAGGUCUGUCCAAUCUACGUUAUAGUGAAGCUGGAAGUUCACGGAAUAUCAUCAUUGUCGGGUCGUUGCUCUUCUUCUCUCUUUCUGUCCCAGCCUACUUCCAGCAGUAUGGCUUAUCUCCAAACUCGAAGAUCGUUCCAAGUUAUUACCAACCGUAUAUCGUGGCUUCUCAUGGACCACUCAGAAGCCAAUAUAAUGGGGUGAACUACGUUAUGAACACGGUCCUAUCGAUGAAUAUGGUCAUUGCUUUCAUCGUGGCCGUAAUCUUAGACAACACAGUCCCGGGAAGCAAGCAAGAACGCAGAGUUUAUGUCUGGUCUGAUCACGAGGCUGCCACGAGAGAACCCGCCCUCGCCAAAGACUACGAGCUGCCAUUCCGGGUUGGUCGGUUUUUCAGAUGGGUCAAAUGGGUUGGCCUCUGAGGCUUACAAAGAGAGAAACUUGGUGUAAGUCUCUUACAAAGCUUAAAUGGGUAAAUACUUAGAUGAGAACCUCUUCUUUCUUUCCCUUUGUUGUCUCUCUCUCAGAAGCUUUCAACACCGUGGGACGUUUCUUGGGUCACAAGUUUGUCCAUUGGAGAGUUUUUUUUUUGGAUGAUUAGGGUAAAGACAAGAAGGUUUAGUUGCUGUUGUAAGUUGUAGAUUAUGAUCAAUGCUUUUGUAUCUAAGCCACUCCUUUUUUGGCUUUUUAUUUGUUGGGUAAUCAAUGAAAUAUUAUUAUAUGUUUCAAUUCAUAGGAGAAUUUCAGA